ACUAGUGUGAAUUGACUAAUUAGGAAGAAACUAAAGAAGAGAAGCUUGUUCUUUCUUUAUCUCUUUGGUUUCUGGGUUUCUGAAGAAGAAACUUCUUUCAGUUUUUGUGUUUCUACAAAAAGGUUGGAUUUUUAUUUGUUUACUGUGAGUAAUCAAGCAUGGUGAGGCGUGCUGGGAGUGAAAGACCUUCCAUGGAGGAAGGUUGUGAAUUCGAAAUCUAUAAUAAAAAGGAUCCGAGAUCUUAUCAUCUUACGUUUAGAAGUCGAAAUAUCUUAGAAGACGUUUGGUACAAAGCCAUCGUCGAGGCAAAACCUCCAAAGAGUCCCAAAUCUAAACGCAGUGUACUCUGUGUUCGGUUGCUUAAGGACGACUUCUCGAAUAGCAUUCCUAUCAAGAUAGGCUCCAUCGUCGAAGCUGAUUAUAAAGAUGCGUGGGUCACUGGUUUUGUGGUCAAAGAGAUUGAUGUUGGCAAGUGUUUGGUGUGCUUUGAUUCAAUACCUGAUGUUAUUCUGUUUGAGAGAAAGCUUUUGAGGCCUCAUCUUCAGUGGCUCGAUGAUAGUGGAUAUACAUUUUGGGAUAUGGUAUCGAAACAUUAUCGAAAGUUCUUGAGACGGUUGGCUGAAGAGCCUAUGUUUAGUCCUGGAACAAUGGUGGAAGUGAGUUCUAAGAUAAAUGAAGGUGAAGUCGUUUGGGUUCCUUCAAUGGUUAUUAAAGAGUUUAAAGAGGAUGAUGAGUAUAAAUAUAUUGUCAAGGAUAAGUCCUUUAGCUGCGAGGGAAAAAAGGCAAGACCCAACAAAACCGUUGAUUUGUCUAGUCUUAGGCCUAUACCAGUAUCAGUUGACGAGUAUCAGUUGGAGGAAAACGUAGAGGUGUUUCUUGAUGGUAUGGGGUGGCGUCAUGGACGAGUGAUGGGAAGUCAAGAGCGAGCGAUAGGAACACUCUCUCAGAAAUGGUAUUUUGUGCGUUUGGAAUCUACAAAGAAGCAAUUAACGUUCAAGCAGUCGGAUCUUAGGCCUUUGAAGGUGUGGGAAGAUGGCGUUUGGAAGGUGUUGCAGACAAGGGAAUUGUCGUUUACUCAGGGAUCAGGAGAUAAGACCGGUGAUUCUGUGAGGAAUGCAAAUGAAUCUGAUCCACCUUUAACUCCACCUCCGGGCAUAAUUACACCACCGUUGAAACAAAUAGAGGCUGGAACUCAAAGAAAGGCACUCUCCAAGAAGACACUUCCAAGGAAUCAGAAUGGCUCGGGAAACGAUUCAACGCUAGAGAAUGAAAAUAGCGAAGAUAACAAUCGAAAGAGGAAAAGAGAAGAAAACCUUGGUUGUGUUGCUAGUGUUGAGCAAGACAAACCAAAGGAUACAACAAUGGUUUUACCCUUUGAGAAGAAGUUACGAAUUUGGGAGACACUAGAAUCAAUGGAGGUGUUUAAAACAGUCCCACAGAGUCCUCAUUUCAGCCCAUUAUUGGUGGAGAGUAGAGAAGACUCCCGUGAAAUGUCUGCGGUUGGUAUGAUGCUUACCUUUUUUGGUUUACUUGAUGAAGUCAAAGCUCUGCAACACAACGAUCCCAUAAGCUUUUUUAUAAGCCUCACUAAUUCUUUUGCCGAGUUAGAGAAACACGGGUUCAAUGUAAAAGCACCUCAGUCACGGAUCAAUAAGCUGUUGUCUCUCAGAGAUAGACAAUCAAAGAAAACAGAGGAACUCAAAGAUGCCGAGAAAGUGACCGCAGAGAAAGAGAGCGUAAAAGCUGAGAACAAACGCAAGAUUCUUGAGCUGCAAAGGCUAAAUGAAGAGAUGGACAAAGAGAUAGCUCAAAGUAAGUCAUGUGCAGCAAAGAUUGUCCAACAGCUCGAUGAUGUGAAGCUUGAGUUUCUGGCAACAGCAUCAGCUCCAUGGUAAAAAAGAUGGUUUAAUCUAUAUGGAUGAUGAAUGAUGUUUAGCUUUGACUUAGCUUAGUUAACUUGAAAAAACAAGAACCAACCACUUGUGUCUGAGUACUUUUAAGUGAAGAGAUAAAAACAAAACAACUUU